UUUGUGAACUGCCCGUAUAAACGUUGCUUUUCGUACUUUCGUGGGUUUACAAGUUUCGUUGUCUUCAUGGCUACGUCGCCUUCGCCUUCUCGAGUUACAAGAGUACAAGAGAAAGAUGAGUUACGGGGUCUCAAUCAGCGCCUUGCCUCGUAUAUCUCUCAUGUGAAACAAAUGAAAGAUGAGAACAGCAAACUGCAGGCCGAAGUAACUACAGCCAAAGAAGUAACCAUCAAAGAGGUAGACAGUAUCAAGGACAUGUACGAGACAGAACUGAACGACGCCAGACGUCUUCUCGACGAAACAGCCAAAGAGAAGGCCAGGCAGCAGAUAGCUGCUAGCAAACAUGCUUCUGAUGCGGAAGAAUUAAAAAUCAAACUUACUGAUGAAGCAACUCGUCGUCAAAGGGCAGAGAAUGAUCUUGAGUCCUCUGAGCGUGCUCUUACCACCAAGGAAUCGACCGUUCAGGCAGCUUUGAAGGAUAAGCAACGUGCUGUGGCUCAGAAGACUGACGCUUUACGUGAACUAGAAGACCUAAAGAAAGCACUGGAUCAAGCAAAGAGUGCCUUAGAAACUGAAACUUUGGCAAGAGUGGAUCUGGAAAACUCUAACCAGUCUCUGAGGGAGGAGCUGGCAUUUAAGCAGCAACUCCAUGAACAGGAAUUAGAGGAGCUGAAAGCAAGAAUUCGAAGCAUCAACACAAUGACAGUGACACUGGAAUCUAAGCUUGGUGAAGAAUAUGACGAUAGACUGGCACGAGCCAUUGAUGAUCUAAGGGAGAGUUUCGAAAAUGAAACUCAUCAAUAUAAAGAUGAUCUUGAUAAAAACUACCAAGAUAAGGUUGAUAAUCUUCAAAAUCGUCUUGAUCGAGAGACAGAUGCUGUAGAUGGUUUGUCUAAGGACAUCAAUGAGUUAAACAAAGAAAAUACUGACUUGAAUGGCCAGAUCCACGAUUUAGAGAAUAAGAUUGCUGCCAAAGAUGAUCGUAUCAAGGAGCUUGAAGGAGUGCUGGGUCGUGAACGAGAUCGGAAUGCCAGAGACACUGACCGUCUUCGAAAGGAGCUAAAAAACACACGAGAUGAUUUGGAAGCUAAGAUUCAAGAAUAUGAGGAUCUACUGGACACAAAGCUUCAUCUUGAUAUGGAACUGGCAACGUACAAGAAACUGAUGGAUGAGGAAGAGGACAGGCUGAAGUUGUCUCCUAAAUUUAAAAGUUCUGGUCCUGAGCAAGGAGGGAUACCGGAGGCUGAAAGACCAAGAGUUGAAGAGACAUCACCGACAUCUACAACAACAAUUGAUGCUGAGGGUGCUGUGCAGAUUUCAUUGGCAGAUGCUGGGGGGAAUUAUGUCAAAGUUUCGAAUGUUGGUGAUGUGGAUGUAAAGAUGGCUUCAUGGAGAAUAGAACGAACAGUUGACGACAAGGUUUUCAAGUACAAGUUUCCUGCUAGAUAUAUUCUGAGAGCUACAUCUACAGUGACUAUUUGGUCUAAUAAUGGAACACAUGCGGCCAAACCACCUACUGAUCUGUUAUUCAAGCAGAGUAAUACAUGGGGCAAGGCACAAGAGAGUUUCACCAAUCUUCUGGAUCCAAGUGGAAAGCUUGUUUCAAAGGUUGUAACACAUGCUGGAGGAGAACCUCAACAUUCAAAAGAUGAGAGUGAUGGUUUCUCAGCAUCUGAACCAUCUUCAGUUGAGAAUUCUUCAUCAAGACCAGUACCAGCAGCCAAGAGGAAAAGACUGAAUCCAGAGGAAUCAGUUGGGAGUCCUUCUCGCUGCACUAUUUCAUGAACUUCGUGAUGAUGCCAAUAAUUGUUUGUUCUGAAAUCAAAAUUAUGCUAUUGUGACACUAAUGCUGUGCUUGUACACUAAUGGUAUGUUUUACUUAUAGCGUGUAGUGAUUGAUUGUAAGGUGUCACAUGCAGGUUAGGAGGUGAUGUGCUAGUGUGCUAAACCAGCCUGUGGCGAUGAUUGCCAUUAGUAAACUGUGAGCUUGGGACACAAUGAAGUUGUGGCAGCAGAACAAUAGUAUAAUGUCUGAGGUUAUUGCACUUUAGCAAGGAAAGCUCUCACUAGAGAACUUGCUUUGAAUGCAACUGUGUAUUUUAGCAUAGACAGUUCUGAAGCACACAGGUCUGUCGGUUCACGGUGUCUUUAAUGGGCAAUGGAAGUUAAAUUACAGUCUAAUUGAAUCACAUUAA